AUGAACUGGAGAUUAUGGACAGGUUUUAAAACUUCUACCAGCACUUAUUCCAUUCCAACAGCUUAUACGAUUGAAAGAGGUAUUGGUAGAGGAAGAGGAAGGGGAAAAAUGGACAACAUAGAUGGAAGCAAAAAGUCGAAAGAGACUUUGCAAUGCUUGGAGCAAGUAAUCCACGGAAAAAGUGUUCAACGCGUGGUUGAUUCUCGUGGUGCACGAAUGGUUGAGGUGUUGAUGAAAUUUUUCCUUAUUGGUCAGUGA